AUGGAUGUUUGUACUAGGUGGAACUCCACAUAUCUUAUGUUGGAGCAAGCUUUGAAGUUUUCCAAGGUGUUUGACAUGUUGAGUCUAUUAGACUCGGGGUUCCAAGACUAUUUCAAGGACCAUAAGAACACUAGGUGCUCGGAUGCUAUCGAUUGGAUGAAUGCCAAAGAGUUUGUCUCGUAUUUGAAUGUGUUUUAUGAAGCAACCCUCAAAUUGAGUGCUUCUAAAAUACUCACCGCGCACUUGGUCUUCAAACAAUUAUUGAAUAUUCAAAUGGUAUUGAAUAAGGCGAUGAUGAAGCCACAAGAUGAUACAUUGUAUAAGGUGGCAGCAAACAUGAAAAAGAAGUUUGAAAAAUAUUGGGGGAAUUGGGAGAAUGUGAAUCGUUUUACUUAUCUCGCGGUUGUUCUUGAUCCAAGAUACAAGCUGCCUUAUUUGGGUUUCCAAUUAAAUAAGGUAGGGAUAGAUAGUGAGUUGGUGAAAAAGACACAAGAUGAGGUAAAAAAAAUGUUUCAUGACAUGUUUAGAGAGUAUGGAGAGAUGGUUCCUAGAAGAAAUCAACCAAUUGAUGGUGAAAAUGUUGGUGAUAGUGAUGAAGAAGAUGAAGAGGGUAGUGAUGAUGAGGAUGAGAAUGAGGAUGAUAUGUUAUAUCAUCAAUCUCUAAGGGAAAAUCAAGUUGUUGCAUUAAGUGAUGAGGUUGAUAGAUACUUGCAUGAACCUCACUUGGAGGUUAAGAAAAAUAAGUUCAAAAUUUUGCCUUAUUGGAAAGCAGGGGUAAUUCCCAAUUUUAGUUAA